AUGAUGCAGUACUCCGUACUGUUUGUCUUUUGGUGCUGCUGCUUGCUUGGUAGCCGUACCUUAGCUGCUCCGUUCGAUGGAAAACAAUCGUCCGAGCUGAAAGAUUUCACCUUUGACGAAAUCAUCCCGAACCAGUUCGGAUUGCGGAGCUUCAACGGCACAUGGUUGUCUGGUGAGGAACUACUGUACAGGAAUGGUGGAGACUACGUAAAGCUGAACUUAAACACGGGGGACAGUAUCGUGGUGAUCACUACUGAUGUGUUGAGUCAAUUCCGCGGCGCAUCGAUUCAGUUGAUUAAACCCGAUUUCACAAAAGUCCUCGUCCGAUACGAUGUCCGAACGGUGUUUAGACAUUCGUCUCUUUCCAAGUACGCAAUCUACGACACAUUGGACGGAUCUGUAUACCACAUUGCCAACCAGGAGGAAGUGUCAAUCUGCAUUCUCUCCCCGACCGGACAGAGCCUCGCGUACGUGAAGGAUAACAAUGUUUACUACCGAGCUGCGCUGCUUAAUCCAGUGGAACGGGCACUUACGCUCGACGGUGUUACCGGUGUGAUAUACAACGGAAUCCCUGAUUGGGUGUACGAAGAGGAAGUGUUCGGUACGGAUGCGACACUCUGGUUCUCACCGAACGGACGCCGACUAGCCAUGGCCAGCUUUGACGAUCGUGAGGUGAAGGAGUUCUCGUACCAUCUUUACGGUUCACCGGAUGAUACGGACAAGCAAUACCCGGAAGAGUUGCGCAUUCGGUACCCAAAGGUUAACACCACCAAUCCGACCGUACACCUGCAGGUGACGGAUCUGUCUGUGAGUGAACCCACUUGGGUGGAACUACCAGCACCGCUGGCCACCGUUGGUGAGGAUCAUGUGCUCGGCACUGUCAACUGGGCCGGUGAGGAUGUGCUAGGUGUGAUUUGGACCAAUCGCCGACAGAAUGUGGCCACCUUCCAGAAGUGUCAAACCACCGCCGGAACCUGCACGGAAGCGAUCAGAUUCGAUCGACCUAAUGGAUGGUACGACUUAUAUACGCCGCGCUGCUAUGGACCCAAUCGGUGCUUCUUGAUGGGCGACAGUAAUGGAUGGCGCGCUGUGAUGGAACUCGUCGAUGGAUCUUCUCCUGUUGCCCGUACUCCGUCAGGAUUUACCGUUUCCUCCAUCAACGGGUACGACGAACAGUCCCAGGCGCUCUACUAUACAGCUGUUCCGGCAAGUCAACCGCACCAUCGGCAUGUGUACCGCGAUGAGGAAUGUCUCACGUGUGGCUUAACGGACGAGCUGGAGGAUUCCGUAGCAUGUAACUUUGCAAGCGUAGCUUUCAGUGCGGAUCUGUCGUACAUGGCAGCAACCUGCUCCGGACCGACACCUUCCUACACGCAGAUCUUCCGUACCAGCGAUAGGCAGCUCGUGGCGGAAUGGGAGUGGAAUAUGGAGCGUCGUGAGCAGUUAAAACAGUACAAAAAGGUUUCGGUACGAUUCCUGCGCGUCCCAGUCGGUGACGGUAGCUUCCAGGCAGCCGUUCGACUCUACCUUCCACCGGAGAUUGACUUCGAAUCACCUGCCACAGCAACUCGCAAGUAUCCAAUGGUGGUGAAUGUGUAUGCCGGACCGGAUUCGGUCCGUGUCACAGAUAGUUUCAGUGUUGGGUUUGCGAACUACAUGGCCACGACCAAGGGCAUAAUCUACGCACAGAUUGACGGUCGUGGUACGGGUAACCAGGGCUACGAGUUCCUGUUCUCCAUCAACAACCGGCUCGGAACGUACGAAAUGGAGGAUCAGAUUGCAGUUGCCCAGUAUCUACAGCAAACGUACGCGUUCAUUGACCCUCAGCGUACUGGUAUCUGGGGCUCGAGUUACGGUGGCUAUGCAACCGCCAUGACACUGGAGAAGGAUCACGAGCAGGUGUACCGGUGCGGCAUCUCGGUGGCACCGGUUACUUCGUGGAUGUUUUACGACUCUAUCUACACCGAGCGCUACAUGGGACGUCCGACAGACAAUGGAGCAGGGUAUGAUCGUAGCGAUAUCAGCAGCUUCACCGAUGAGCUGAAGAAUCAUCUGUUCCUGCUGAUUCAUGGUACCGCGGACGAUAACGUACACUAUCAACAGUCGAUGGUGUUUGUGCGUGCCUUGCUGGAUCACGACAUCGACUUCGAGCAGAUGAGCUAUCCGGAUGAGGCCCAUUCGCUGUCGGGUGUGCAGCGUCAUCUCUAUCACACGAUGGACCAAUUCUGGGAUCAAUGCUUUGCGUAA